CCAAAAAGCUGACAUCACUGGUUAAAAUGUUUAUUUACAAGUUUACGAUAUAUAUUCGUAUUCAAAUUUAAAGUGUUUUCCUUAAAAUAUACUUAUUCAAACAUUUUAGUGUACAUUCAAAGUCACGUAUUCCUUUUUAAGCCUCCACUUUUUUCGACUCAACAAUUAAAUAUUCAAAAAAAAAACAAACGAAAAUGGUCUGGUUACAGUCAUGUUGGUCACCGUGCAUAUGGACGAAUUCUGUCAAAACCGGAAGCUACGCUGUGGCGGCUUAUACGGUGGCUAUAAGCGUUGUACUCAUAACCAUGACUUCAUAUAUGCUUGCUGGUGGAGAUUCUUCGCAAUUGUACACGCCUCUUUUUGAAACGGACAUUCGCGAUUCCAUGCAAGUAGUCGGGGGGUUUUUCAUUGCCUAUUUCAUCCUGUUAAUAAUUUCAUCUUUCGGGAUUUGUUAUUCACUGAAAACAACCACCCGAGGCUGGAUGAUUCCAUGGUUAACCUUGUUCGGAGUAGGAAUUUUGUUCCAGCUUGUUUUUGGUCUAUGGUUGAUUGGAGGAUACUACAUUUAUCUACAACAAACACUUUCUAGCUUAAUUUUAUGGGUUUGGAUGGCAUACAACAUUUAUUGUUGGAUGUGUGUCUAUUCACAAUAUCAAAUAUUUGUUGAGAUGCAGUCUCCCAACAUAGAGCUUCUGAUGCCUUAAAUUCUACUCGGCAACAAAGGACGAAUGAAUUCCAGUAACAUUACAUUUUAUAAACUAACAUUUUUUAACAACUUUUUUAAAAUCCUUAUAUAGAUAUAUGUUUACUACAACAGCAUUUUAAUGUUGUACAAACUUUAGGGUAAUUUUGUCAAUUUAGACUCUACUGAUUAGAUUUAGGUGCUGAACCGUCCAUUAUAUAUGAUGUACCUGUUAUCUUACUCCGCGGUUGUUCAUCAUUGCUUCGUUUUUUUUCCGGAUGAAAUUUGUAUGUACUGAAGAUAAUUUACUGUUAACUGUACCGCGAUUUCUAUUUUGAAAAUGAAAGAUUGUAACUCAUAAAUAGAAUGCGCAAGAACAAUGUAAAUCGAAUAUUUAGAUCUGAUUACUUUGCAUUUAUCAAGAUUUUUGUUAGCAAUAACGUUCAGAUUAAUAGUACGAUUGGCAUUCUAGGGUGUUGAUUUUUUUGUAUUUAACCAAUAUGUUCAACCGUCUGAAGCUAAGUAUAUGGUCAAAGAUA